AUGCAACUCUCCCUAAUAGUGAUUGCACUCCUGGUGCAAUCCUCUUUGGCAUUGCCAAUACCUUUUGAAUUUCUUUUCAAAAGAAAGGCAGAUGCAGAUGCAGUUGCCAAUGCUGACCCAGCUAUUGUGACGCAGACACUUGACCCGGUUGAGGUUUUCAUAUCUGGAACAGUUACUUAUACACGGACAUUAACUAGUGGAGAAACAAGUUCCACAACGCCUGUCAAGGCAACCACUAAAAUUGUUACCUUGACCACUACCACUUGCCCCAAAGAUGGUGCUACCGUUGCCGCUACUGCAUCUGCUACAACCUCUGAAAUUGUCACCACUGCUCAAUCUCAAGUCAAUGAUGACUCAAGCGAUGAUGAGAGCAGUGUUGUUAGUGUCAUUAUUUCAGAUCCUGAUUCCACCGCCCAGCCUUCCGAUGGCCUUGUUCACAUUAUCGAUGUCAUUAGCCGUCCGGGAGCAUUAUUCGUGGCUACUGAUGUUAAUGUUCCAAUUACUUCUUAUCCAAGGAUUUCAAGUACCGAUACUCUUGAUGCUACCACCGCUUCUGCUACUCCAGAAGGAGCGGUCGCCACCGCUACUACAGCUGCAGAGGCAAGCGUUAGUUCCACAUAUCAAGCCGCUGCUGCAAGUCAACAAACCACUUCAAUACCGGUGACUACCACGGUUAAAUCUACUUCUACAAGCGUGAUGCCUGAUGGAAAUACUUCUACAUUUGUUUCAUCUUCUGUAAUUGUUACCUCUACUGCUGUUCUAGUUGUGAAGAGUAGUGAAGAGAUUUCUACGAGCACUUCUGCACCUCAAAAUGCUGCAACUACAGCUUUAGUUGGCAUGAGUAAUGUUGUUGGUACCUCGACAGGUGCGGGGGCCACUCAGGUUACUGAGGACACUCAGAGUUCUCAAGCUGCUGUUAGCACUCAGAGCACUCAAGCUGUUGAUGCUGUUACUUCUGCUGCUACUUCUGCUGCAGCUUUCACAGCAGUUUCUUCAUCGUCAUCGUCAUCUGAUUACCUUACUGGUCAUCCAAGUGCAAUUGUCUAUUCACCUUACAACAAUGACAGCAGUUGCAAGUCCUAUGAUACCGUUUAUUCUGAUUUAACGUUGAUUAAAUCAAAACAAAUAGGUGAAAUUAGAAUUUACGGUAAUGAUUGUAACUAUUUGACUACAGUCUUGCCUAUUGCUACAAUUCUUGGCUUGCAGGUGAAUCAAGGUUUCUGGAUUUCUGAUGUUGGUGUUGAUUCCAUUGAUACAGCAGUCACCGAUUUGAUAAGUGCCGCUACAGACUCAAGCUCGGGAUUUGAUUGGACUUUGUUUUCCUUCAUCACAAUCGGCAAUGAGGCCAUCAUCAGCGAGUACUGCUCUGUUGAUGAACUUAUUAGCAAAAUUGCAAGCGUGAAGACUCUAUUACAAGACGCGGGCUACACUGGUUUGGUUACAACUUCAGAACCACCUGUUACUUAUGAGGAUAAUCCUUCCUUAUGUACAAGUUCAGACAUUGAUUUUGUUGGUAUUAACCCACAUUCUUAUUUCGACACUUACUCUAGUGCUGCUGAUUCUGGUGAUUUUGUCAAGGGACAAAUCGAGAUUGUUCAGGAGUCCUGUCCAGGAAUGGAUAUUAGGGUUACCGAGACAGGUUAUCCAAGUGCAGGUAUUACUAAUGGAGGCAAUAUUCCUUCUCCUGCAAAUCAAAAGAUCGCUCUUCAAAGUAUCUUUGAUAUUGCCGGUACUAACGUCACCAUCUUGACUACUUUUAACGACUACUGGAAAGAGGCCGGUACUUAUGGUAUUGAACAAAGUUUUGGUAUAAUUCAGUUGCUCGAGUAG